GGACGAAUCCUCAGGCCUCGGGACAUACCCUGUUACACUUCACCUUCAACCGAGGUGCUAAUAUAUUUACUUACUUACUUGUUUUCUUCGGCCCUGAUAGAACUCCCACUGACCUUUCUAUGUAUUUCUAUCUAUCAUCUUACUGUAUCAUACUCGCUUUCCGCACCG